AGCGAAUGCUGGGGGUGGCAUUGGAUAGAGGAAUUGUUGAAUUUGACGGACUGAAUGGUGCAUAUUUGUAACUUUACACAUGACCUGGGAAUCAGUGUCAAGCUCCCCAGCCCCCAUUAUCCCUGAAGUGCAGCAGAGAUCUGGAAUAACCAGGAUGAUGAAGUUCCAGUGUUGUUCCAUACUGUGGAAGAUUUGUCUCACUGUUGGACUGGUUCUCUUCUAUUACUGCUUUUCCAUUGGUAUCACCUUCUAUAACAAGUGGAUAUUAAAGAAAUUCCACUUCCCCCUCUUCAUGACGCUCGUGCACCUGCUGAUGAUUUUCCUCCUCUCUGCGCUCUGCAGGGCACUUAUGACCUGUUUCAGUGGUCGCUCGCAAGUUGUCCUGUCCUGGCCAGACUACCUCAAGAAAGUGACCCCCACAGCUUUGGCUACUGCUCUGGAUAUUGGACUCUCCAAUUGGAGCUUCUUAUACAUCACUGUAUCCCUGUACACAAUGACAAAGUCUUCUGCUGUUCUUUUUAUUUUAUUCUUUGCUCUGCUGUUCAAGUUGGAAGAGCUGAGACCAGGCCUGAUUGUAGUGGUCCUGCUUAUCUCAGGAGGUCUCUUCAUGUUCACAUUCAAGUCUACACAGUUUGACAGUGCUGGCUUUGUGUUAGUUCUGAUAGCUUCCGGUCUGGGUGGUAUCCGGUGGACACUCACACAGAUCUUAAUGCAGAAAGCAGAACUAGGUCUACAGAACCCGAUAGACACCAUGUUUCAUCUCCAGCCUGUCAUGUUUCUUGGCCUCUUUCCUCUUUUUCUUUACAUCGAAGGUCUUCACAUAUCUACCUCAGAACUGCUUUUCCGUUUUCAGAAUACUCAGGAGCUGUUGGUCCUUCUUGGCACCCUUUGUUUGGGGGGUCUCUUGGCCUUUGGACUGGGAUAUUCAGAAUUUCUCCUUGUUUCCAAAACUUCCAGCCUUACAUUGUCAAUCGCAGGCAUUUUUAAGGAACUCUGUAUACUUCUGUUGGCAACAAAUUUAUUGGGAGAUGAGAUGAGCCUCCUGAACUGGUUGGGGUUUGGGAUCUGUGUCUCAGGCAUAGCUCUUCAUGUUGCUUUGAAGACCUCUCACUCCAAAGGAGAUGAGACCAAUAAGCUACACAGAGGAAGCAUGAGAGCCGAUAUGGAACUAUUACUGAGAAGCCAUGAAGAUGAAGAGGAAGAGGAAACAUGA